AUGCACGCUGGGCCCCGCAGCAUCGUCACGCGGACUGGCCCCCUGGACUUGCCCUGGCAGCCGCUGGGUCUUGGCGUCCUGGCCGGAUACGUGCUGGCCAUCGUCAUUUCCCGCAGGGCAGCGCCUAGGCUCCAGACCCACACGGCCCUGACGCCUGAGGACCGGGGCGAGGCCGAGGGAGGGCCGAGGGCACGCAUGUUGCAUCGCGUGCGCCGUGCGAACGCGCACCGGGUGACGGACCUGGAGACCCGGCUGCGGGCCUCCGACCAGCGGGCAGCGGCGCUGGGCGAGGAGGCGGCGCAGCGUGCGCAGCAGGUGGCGGACCUGCAGGCGGCACUGGAGGCGGCCAAAGGCCGGCUGGCGGAGCUGGAGGCCGCCCUCAAGGCGGAGCGCCGGGAGGCCGCCGCCUCCAAAGGCCUGCUCCGGGCGGAGCGGGAGAGGACGGAGAUCCUGGAGAAGGCGCGCGCCGCGGCCGUGAGGGUGCGCUGUCGAGCAUGUGACAUGGCGCAGGACACCUCAAAGGUGCUGGGGCAGCUGCGGGACGCCAACUUCGACCUGGAGGAUGCGCAGGAGGAGGUGGAGACGCUGAGUCAGCGUGUAGUCGAGGUCGAGCAGGCGCUGCACCAUGCACAGACGCUACACCGGCUUGAGGUCAAGUCUGCGGCCGACCACGCAGCUCAGGUCAUGGAGCUCCGUGCCGAGCUGGAGGAGUCAGAGGCAGCACAGCACGAGGCGGAACUCAGACUCAGGGAGGCGCUGAGGGUCCAGGAGCAGCUGGAGGAAGACACGCAGCUGGCCACGCAGGAUGCCAAGUCGGCGAUUCGUCAGCAGGUCGAGGCCCACGAAUGCAUCCGCAAGCUCCAGCACGAGCUGCAGGAGAGUAGAGCGGCAGUUGAGCAGGCCGUCGCCAAGGCAGCUGCGGUGGAGACCCAGCUGGAGGAGGGCGUGAAGACGGUGGCCCCAAAGUCCACGGGCCGGCCACGGGGCCGCCCAAGGAAGACCCCGGCGCCCAAGGCCCCCCCUGCCUCUGCUCAGGCUCCUGCUGCAGCCGGCACACCUGGCUUCUCAAGCAAGGAAUCCCCCGGACCUGAGAACCCUUGA